GCCUUUCGUCAUCGCUGUCAUCAUGGCGGCGUCGGCGGCCGCAGCAGCUGGGCUGCGAGCCGAGCGCGAGGAUCCCUGUCAACGCCUCCUUGGGCCGCGCGUGCGCAAUGGCCCGCCUGAGCGCGAGAGAGCGACGGAGGGGAACGUUUCCUUUUCCUCCUAAGCUCCGCCCACAACUCCUCCCUCCCUUUCCCCCCCCUCCCCCGACUUUCACCCACCAUAGCCCGAGCCAGCCUAGGCCGGAGCGGUGACUGGAGGACCCAGGGGGAGCUCCCGCCGCCGCCGCCACCAGUAGCACCACCACCACCACCUUCCCUGAGGGAGCCUGCGGGGGUCGGCUUCGCCGCGGCCUACAGCUCAGCUGCCGCCAUGCAGAUCACCCUGAAGACGCUGCAGCAGCAAACCUUCAAGAUAGACAUCGACCCUGAGGAGACGGUGCGGCCUGAGGGAGCGGGAGAGCCGAGCUUGUGGGCUAGGCCCAGGCCUGGGAUUGGGCGGCGCGGCGGGGUCUGAAGGGAAGGUUCGGCUGACAGGAGUCGUGGGGUGGCGGCGAGCGAGAGCCCCGUUUCGAGGCCUCCUUCGGGGCGGUUUUCCUCAGAAGUUGCGGUAGGGGAAAGUUAGAGGGAGGCAGGCCGGGAAACCGGGGUGUUUUAUUGGGGGGGGGAGGGAGGGAAGAAUCCGUUGCGCGGGCUGGUGGUCGGAAGGCCUCGGCGCCCCUCCGGCAGGACUGAGCCGGGCCCAGGCUGCAGGUUCCGUUCCCCGGCGAGGCCUUUGACGCAGGCUCCGUUGCAAGGCGGGGAAGGGGAUGUGCCUUCCCGCCCCCCUCCACCGACCCCCCUCCAGGCCUGGGGAGGAGAUGUCUCCCGUUGCAAUCUAUACUCGAUGCCCGUCCAGCUUGUGUAUCUGCCGUGCAAGGGACUCCAUAGAGAAUGGUGGUUGGAGGGGCAGAGCGGGGGCUGGUGGGUGGCUCUGGCGGCGUCCUCGAGCGGGGCUUUGCCAUGACUGUGCAUUAUUUCGCUUCGCAUGAGGAAGGGGCGUGUGCGAGUUGGGUGCCUGCUGGCUUGCCUGCCUGCCCGCGCGCGCGCUCCCGCCCUCUGGUUAUGCAGCGGAAAAAAAGGCCGUGAGAGGUGGGCAGCGAGAGGGUAUGCUAAGGCGUGUUUUUUGGGGGGAGGGGGGUUCUUCCUGAAGGUUAAAUUUUUCCCGCUUGUACAGCGAUCCGUGCUUUUCCUGUUUUGGGUUGAAUCAGAAAAGGGCGCGCUACGCAUCGAAGUGUAGACUGCAAGGGAGUUGUUUCAUAUAUAUAUAUAUUCAGAUAUCUGUCUCUCUUAAAGUUUAUGCCCGGUUGCUAAACCGGUGUGCCUAGUGCUGGAGAAAAUAGGGCGAUGCAGGCUCCUCCACAGACUGCUCCAAAUGGUUAUUCCAAGCCAAACCCUCAUUACAUUAUAAGUAGGUAGCAGAGGAGCAAUCUUUGCACUCGCAUAUUAAAAUACUUCUUGAGGCAGUGUGAUGUAAGUGUUGGGAUGUGUGUUUUUCCUCUCCCUGGUGUGAGCUGUAUUGAUUUGUCUCUUCAGAAAGGUGAUUAGGAAGCAGGAAUGUUGUUCUGUUGUUGGUUAAUAAUGGCACUUUCUGCAGUCUCGGUGAGCUGAAUGCUGAACCUUUUGGAGAAAAUCGGGAAAGGUAUAUAGACAUAUUACACUUUGUGACAUUUGAGUUACAAGUGGUCAAUGAAAGUGAACCUAUAUUGUCACACAAUUUUUAAAAAAACGUUGUUCCCUUCACAGUAUGUGAGGGGUAGAUACAACACCCUUAAUAUUCUGCACUGAGCUGUGCUCUGUGUCUUUCCACUCCUCUUUCCAGAGUUCUUGUCAUAGAAAGCACACUUUCUGAAAACUUGUAAGAAAGGAAGUUGUAUAGAAUUACGUUAGAAACGAGAGACUCUUUAAAAGCUUAAUGUUUUCCUUGCAUACCAUAAAUUAUAGAGAAUCUAGGCAAGAAGGUAAAUAUUACAAGUCAUUCCUUAAAAUUGCAAAAUGUGCAGGAAACAAAUAAAUUUGAAGACAUUGUUUUGAUGUAUUUUCCUUGGACUGUACCAGAUCUCUCCUUCCUUUCCCAUCCCCACAAACAAAACAACAACCGUCUUCGCUCCAGAGGGUCUUUCAGUCCUCUGGCAAAGAUUUUGUUGGUGGUGGGGCUGCAUAGGAAAGAGAGAACCAUAGGAAAGGGAAGUCUCAUGGACACUGGUGGAAGUCUGUUCCACAUGCAGACUAACAAAACUGGGUGUUGCUCUGAGAGUGCAGUUUUCAGCUUUAGUAGUGUAUUUUGUGUCAAAACCUUGAAACCUUUCUUGGUAUACCUCUACAACCAUGUAUCUAUAGAUAGGUUAAGUAAGCUUAUAAAAUAACCUAAACUGUAGAACAACUGGUAGGUCUGCUUUAAAAUGUUUCUUCAUGCCAGAUUAAAAAAAUUAUGAUUAGAUGCCCCUUUCUGAAGUAAUAUAGAAUAUGGCUGUCUGUCAUGAAGGAUGGUUCUGUCCAGUUUUUCCUGUCAGGUUUAUGUGCAGCUCCAUUGAUACUGCUUCAUAUUUGCUAAAAUGCUUCCCCAACCAACUGGGUGCUUGUAUAAUAGUUACUAUUACACCUUCCUGAAGCCACCCUAUAGCCUUACAUUUGCAGAUUUAUUACCAAGGAAGGUGGUGGCGGCACUGGUGGGAAGUUGGGACAAAUCUGGCAUACCUGUAGCUAUGAAAGCUUUUUCCAUAGACAAUGUUGAUUUUGGAUGUAGCAGUUCUGUUCUUGGCUUUGCAAGCCAAACGGAUGAAUCAGUAAUAUCUCAGAACUGUUUUAAUCCUUGUGCUUGGAAGGUAGAAAAUGUAUAAACAUUGCUUUGGAGUAUGGGGAAUGAUGUAUUUUUGAUCUUCAGUCAUCAUGAACUCCCUGGUUGUCUUUAGGCAAGCUACUAUCUCAACCUCAAAUAUUUUGUUUGUCUACUUUGGGGAUCGUAUAGUGCUAUUGUAUGAAGUUGUUAGGAUUACUAGGAUCAAUGGAGAGUACUUUGAACAGUUAAUGUUUCUAUUGUACUUUUUCAAAUUGAUGUUUAUACAGAGGAUAAAUUAUGUGUAUGUAUUGUGUGGACUGAUUUCAGUCACCAGGAAAAAGUGCUGAUGGGAAUUAGGAUUCUUGCAAAAUCUGGAGGAUCACAGGUUCCCCAUCCGUGCACUAGGUCUCAUUCUUCUGUAAUAUGAGGAUAAUGCUGAACUACAUUACAGAAUUGUUGUAAGGAUGACAUGGUUCUAUGUUAAGUACUCAUGGGACUAAACAAGUAAAUACUGUUUGGGUAAACAGUGUCCUUGAAUUGUUGGUACUCACCACUUCUAGCAUUGCUUAAACUUUAUUUGAAGCCUUGGGAAUGCCAAAUGUACAUUGAAGAUGUGGACUGAAAAUCAUAACAAUAGUAUACAAACCCCUGGUUUGGGCAGGUGGGGGGUGGGGAGCAGUUCAAUUGAGCAACAUGGUGCUAAGGCUAAAAACGUUUCACCACACUGCAGUACUGGAACCAUUGACAUUUAAAGGUUGAUUGUUUGAAUGUUUUCUGCUGGUCUGUAGAUUGCUGCAGGCUUCACCUCUAUGAUCUCUUUUGCAUUCUGUAUUUAGAAGUGUAUCUUUGGAAAAUGCCAUUUUGAUGAGCUGUAGAUUUCAGUAAAUAUGAAAGAUACGCCAGUAAUUUAUUGCCUACUUCAUGGCUUUUUUGGAGUCGUUGGGUGGUUCUGUGUUCAGCUAAGGAAAACACAAGGUGGAUACAGUUUUUCUUAGUAACUUUGUAUAUUUAAGCCAAGGCUGGUGAUAGCCAAUUGCCUGGUAGUCUGUGUUGAGCAAUUUGUCAUUCAGAUAAUUUCAUAAAAAUCCUCAUGGCAAGGAGCACUCUCAAGAGCUCUUUUGUUUUAAAGGGUGAUAGAGCAGGCACUAUUUCCUGGGGUUCUGAUGCUUGCUUCACAACCAUCAAAUAGAGUUUUAUAUAAUAAAUGCAAAUAGUAAACACAUUAUAACAAAAAAUGUUCAACACAUUGAAAUCAAGCUUUAUCUUCUAAUUUGAUGUGCACUAAACUUCUAGCAUGAAGGAGGAAUCCCAUGUAAAUAAGAAGUGUCCAGCCCUCUGCUUGAUUAUUUUCCUCAUUCUCUAAUUUAUCUGUCUCAGACUUGAAAGCCACAUUAAAGGUAAAAAGGUAAAGCUAAAGGACCCCUGGAUGGUUAAGUCCCGUCAAAGGCAACUGUGGGAUGCAGCGCUCAUCUUGCUUUCAGGCCAAGGGAGCCGGUGUUUGCCCACAGUUUUAGUCAUGACUAAACCGCUUCUGGUGCAAUGGAACACUGUGACAGAAACCAGAGUACAUGGAAACGCCAUUUACCUUUGCACCACAGCGGUACUUAUUUAUCUACUUGCACUGGUGUGCUUUCGAACUGCUAGGUUAGCAGAAGCUGGGACAGAGCUAUGGGAGAUCACCCCAUCACGUGGAUUCGAAUUGCCAAACCUUCUGAUCGGCAAGCCCAGAGGCUCAGUGGUUUAGACUACGGUACCAUCCAUGUUCCUCAGUGAAUCACCUCAUUCACUGUGGGGAGGAUCCAACUUGCUACUCCAGCAGAUUAUGUCAUCACUUGCUCCUAUUCAGUGAUGUAUUUACCCCUUCACUGCAGCACAGCAAACAGGUGCUAAAAUAGUGUUGAGAAGUACCUACUUCAAAAUGUCAAGAGAAGGGGUGUGUUACUGACCACAAGGAGUUAGUAAAGGGAAACAGGCAACACUGCUCACUGGCCAAUGUCCUGCGGUUCUUUUAGCCAGCAAAUACAUUUUCUGGAAAUUGGACAACUCAUGAAAUUGUUCAGGGUAAAUGUUAAGGAAACUAAUGUUGGUGCUCUGUUCACUUGUAUUCUGCAUUGUAUCUAGGCUUUUCUAUUUGUUACCAACCAGUAUUAGAAACUCAGAUAUAUAAGCUAAUAUCCAAAUGACACCUAGAUUUGAACCUAGGUUUUGGUCACCACAAUGCACUGUCUAGUCAACUCCCCCCCGCCCCCCAGGUGAACAUCAGAUAAAACAAUCUACCACUGCUCCUUAGUAAACAUAAGAUUGAAGCCUUAGUAAAUGAAAAUCUUUGUAGAAUGAAUGGACCUGCAAAAUCUUUUCCUGACUGUUAUUUUUAUCUCAAAACUAUGAGACAGUUUUACUUUUUCGGGGAAUAGACUUAUGCAUGGCGAUUUAGAUGCUAUUCAGAUCACUUUCAGCAGUGUUCAUGUACAAGUCUUUGUUUUCUUCAUUUGUGCUUCUACAGUCCUUUCAAGGACAUGUUUUUUCCAGAGGCAGCUUCUAAGUAUUUAGCACCCAAAUUACAGAAGUUACAAAAAUGCAGUAUUGUAGUUAGGUGACCAUGGUUUUGAACAAAGGUAGGGAUGAUGCUGGAACAAAGAUAGCUAAAAAUAUAUGCUUGGCAGUUGUUCAUAAUUUUCUUUCUGGCAAUACCAUGAGUGAUUAUGCAGUAAAGUUCUUAAGUUGUGCAGAAUUGAAAAUAUAUUUGAAUUGGCUCAGUGUAAAGUUGAACUUUCAGAUUUUUCAUCCCAUAUUGUUAAUUGUUUGUCAGUCUCUGGUACCUUCUUUUACUUUGAUGACUUUGUGAAUUCUGAUUUGAUCCAUGCCUCUUGGAUUAAUGCAUGGAUUGAAAUUUAGUUUUAAGUAUUUCUGAAUGCCCUGAAGCAGUUCUCUGUUAAGUUUUGAGAGAAUGUUUUAAAAUACUCGUUUAAACCAUUAAAUUUGAAUACUAAUAUUUAUUUGGAUUACAAGAAUUGCAGAUUAAUGUGGAAGUAUGUUGGAACAGAACUGUGGGUGAGCAUCUGUGAAAGUUACUAGGACUGGAGAUGGACUCAUCCAUCCUUGGUACUAAGCCUACUGCAUGCACUAAUCUGGACCCCCACUCAUCUAAAAUAUGAGAUCAGCAAGUAAAUUGGAUGGCAGAAGGAAAGGGGUAAAAUUCCUAUUGCCUGGCAAUACAAGAUUCUCAGGCAUGCUGCCAUGAAGUAUAAAGGUGUAAAGUCAUCAAUGGCAUUCCUGAAAGAUCUUCUCUUUUCAUAUCCCCACUCCCUUGGCAGAUUGACAGUCAAAUUAAAACUCUUCCUGGUCAUGGCAUUUUUGCUCUUGUCAGCGUGUUCUACAUGCUACUGAAUGAAUAUGCUUUUGUCAUGGGAAGGGGAAUUGCAUCAGACUUAUUAAUAAAGAUCUGGACUUAAAUUAAAGGCAGUCUCUUUCUCAUAGAAAGACAGUGCUGUCUAGUUACUCUUAAUGCUGAUGAGUACUUCUGGCACUAUUGCUGCCUAUGCAUUCCUGAGACCGAAGGACAACAUGCUGCAUUAAAUAGACUUGUAUAAGCUCAGUUCUUUAAGUUAAUACUGUGGAAUCUUUGGACCUUCAUGUGGUGUAAAUUCAGACACAAAAUUGUACCAAAAAGCUUAAAUGCACACAAAAAAUGUACUGGUAUUUUCUAUACAUUAUCUCCUGUUGUCUGAUUUUAUUGUGUUAACUUCUUAAUUGAGUUGUGGGGGUUGAUCUCUUGCAAAUGUUAUUGACCACUUCAGGCAUUUUUUGUGAAGAGGCAGGGUAUAUAUAUUCACUUUUAUUAGUGACCAGUACACAGUCAAGAGCUCCAAACAAAUGCACAGAGUUUUGUGGUUCUUGAAACACAAUUGCCAUCUUGAAUUCUCAGAUUUUCAUCCUUGAUCACUAAAAUAGCAUUAAGGUUUUGACACUUGGCAAAAGGAAGAUAAGAACACUGAAACUGAGAGAGCAUGCCACAUGACACUCUUGUGGACUGCGACAUAGAUUCAUAAAAUGAAUCUAUGAAAAGGGGUGGAUGUUGAUAGCAAAGUAUAUCUGGGCAAACUCUUUUAGCACAUGCUUCAUCCCUCUAACUCAGCCUUUCUCAACCUUGGGUCCCCAGAUGUUUUUGGGCUACAACUCCCAUCAUCCCUGACCUGUGAGCUAGGGAUUAUGGGAGUUGUAGGCCAAAAACAUCUGAUGACCUGCCCACCUGUCAAAUUUGGCUCAUGAUUCUGGUCUGUGGAGCCAAAAAGGUUCCGUACCGCUAGACUAGAGUUUUAGGUUUGCAUCUGGGAAACAAAUUCCUAUUCAGCUUCGCUGAGUAGCUUAAUUUGCCUUGCAGAAUUUUUAGGGUAAAGUGAGACCCUGAGCAGAAGGGUGGGGGGUACAAAUGUGAUUAACUUAAUCUGUGUCCUGUGGGCUGAACAUUUUGAAUGUUUAAACUGAAGUGUUGAGCAUAGGUGUGUAUUUAAUGUUUGGAUUACAUGUAAUCUGUUCAACUGACAGAAUUAUCUAAUUGUUGAAGAAUUACUAAUACAGAAAAUGCUUCCAGCAGAGCAGGAAUGGACACCUGUGGCUCUCUAAGAUGUCUCUAGUUUCCAAUCAUCCCUGGCCAUUGGCCAUGCUGACUUGGGCUCAUGGGAGUUGUAUUUCCUCAGCAUAUAGAAAGUCACAAGUUCCCCAUAUGCAAUAGAGGAAACACAGCUUUGUAUCACAGACAAAGAAUGUUGCCGUCACAGGUGUCAUAAUGUGUGUGUGUGUGUGUGUGUGUGUGUAUAUAUAUAUAUAUGCAUAUAUUUGAAAACACUGUUCAUAAGAGUUCUAACUAAACUUUCUAACUAAACUGUUUGUUGUAGGUGAAAGCGUUGAAAGAGAAGAUUGAAUCAGAAAAGGGGAAAGAUGCUUUUCCAGUAGCAGGCCAAAAAUUAAUAUAUGCAGGUAAUGUUUUUGCACAUAGAAAUUAUUUCUAGGUGUUACUGUAAGAGGAAUAAAAAAAGUUGGCAGGUCACAAAGAGGUCCAUCCAGCUGACAUGAGAAGCUUUUCAAUCUUAUUGGGGAGGGAUUUAGGCACAUGCUUAACUCUCUCCUUACUACCAGUGGGGCUUAAUACAUGCUUAAUUUUGGGCUUGAUCACACCCAAAGAAACCAAGAGUUAAUCUCUUGGGUAAUAUAUGGAAUUGAUAGAAGAAUUCUCCUUGACCAUUGUUUUCCCAGAAGAAAGAAUUUGUAUAUGGCUAGGAAUUUAGCUUCCUUUUGGACUUAACUUAUAUUCCAUCUGAUGCUUCAGCUAAAUUACAAUAAUCUACAGCAUGGGUAGGCAAACUAAGGCCCGGGGGCCGGAUCCGGCCCAAUCGCCUUCUAAAUCCGGCCCGCGGACGGUCCAGGAAUCAGCAUGUUUUUACAUGAGUAGAAUGUGUCCUUUUAUUUAAAAUGCCUCUCUGGGUUAUUUGUGGGGUGUAGGAAUUUGUUCAUUCCCCCCCCCCCCAAAAAAAAAAUAGUCCGGCCCCCCACAAGGUCUGAGGGACAGUGGACCGGCCCCCUGCUGAAAAAGUUUGCUGACCCCUGAUCUAUGGCAUUUAUAUAGCAUAUUCCAACAAAGCACUUAACGUACAUAAUCUCAGUUACCUAUCCUUACAACAAGCUGUCACUAAUUGAUAGUGGGAUAUAAACACUGAAGGGGAUAAAUGGAACAAUUUAUGGACAAAAGCACAAUAUAAACCUCUGCCACCAACUACUACAGAAGAUUCACUUUAAAUUGUUGCAUGGAUAUUUAACACUAAGAUGUAUCUUAUACUAAGCCCAAUAGCUUAGUUAUAUUGGAGAGGAUGCCAAAUUAUAGAUACAUACCAACAGAUGCGGUGGGAGUUAUAGAAGUUUUUAAUCUCACAUUAAAGAAACAUGAACAAGCCCAUUAAUUUCAUAAGUUUUUUAAAACUGACUCACAUUUUCCUUACUGCCAUAGCUACUAAAAUGGAACAAUAGUGUUUUCUCAGGCAUAUCCUUAGCUAAAUGACUAUCACCAUUUGUCUCCAUCUUUAGAUUUCUACACAGAGUGAACACAUUGCAAUUGCAUUUAUGGGAUCAUAUUAAAUGUGAAGAAAAACUAACAUGAAUGACUUUAAUUUUCUAGGUAAAAUUCUUAAUGAUGAUACUGCUCUUAAAGAAUACAAAAUCGAUGAAAAGAACUUUGUGGUGGUUAUGGUGACAAAAGUAAGUCUCAGUGUAAUCAGUAAUAUUCUGUCAUGGGUGGCAUGGGGUUGCUCUUAAAUUGUUCUUUAUUGACUUGUAACAUAAGAAAACAGGCUGUUGGUAACUUUUAUCCUGAGGUUUUCUAGUUUUGUAUAUAUUAAGAGAACAUUCAGCACUAUAAUAACAGAAAAAACAAGAAUGUUGAAAUGUAUACUAUAAAGGUUUGUGAGAAUUUGUUUGCUGUGAAGUGCAUGUAGCAGUGGUGAAUAUAUUUUUCAAAAAUGUGGAAGUAGCUAAAUUUUACUUAUAAACUCAAGAGUUUAUAUUCUCUUCUCUCUUACAUCUCUUGGAAUUUAUUGGAUCCUGGCUAUUUAUAUAUCUGUUGAAAAAUACACUUGGUUUAACAUACACCUUUAUCUAAAUUACUGUUAAGUGUGAUUUUUCAUUAUCUCAAAUACUGGUAUCCUAGACAAUUCUGAUCAGAUCCUCCCCUGUUUGUCAGAUUAAAUUAGAGCAGAUAGUAGAUGGGCAGCUGACAUAACUGAAAACUGUCCAUCUUUGAGACACAUUCUGUAUGUAUUACAAUUGACUGCAUGAUAAAACUAUAUUUUGAUGUUAAGGUUAUGGUGGGAUGUGUUGAAAAUUGUCAGGUUAAAAAUGAUUUGCCUUGCUAGCCUUUUUCCACCUGAUUUUGGAGGAUGGGUCCUGGACUGACUCCAGCUACAAAAGCUGAGGCUGCUGAACAGACCCUUGGGUUAGGGCGGGGGUUGUCAACCUGGUCCCUACUGCCCACUAGUGGGCAUUUCAGGAUUCUAGGUGGACGGUAGGCGGUUCCAUGGCACAAGCUGAAUCCUCCUUCCAUUGAGCACCGGUGGGCGGUAAGGAAUUUUUACCAUCAAAAAAUAUGCAUUAGUGGGCAGUAGGUAUAAAAAGGUUGACUACCCCUGGGUCAGGGUAUAGUUUAGGUUUUUUUGUUGCCAUUGUUGAUAUUAAUCUUUUGGCAUCUCUAUUUUUAGAUCUUACGGUGUAUCUGGAAAUUGCUCAGUUUGGUUGUGUACUUUUUGAUGUGUUUUGUUUUAUUGUUUGAGUACUUUUGUUAUUUUGUAAUUAUGUAAAUCAUCUUACAUUGUAAGCUGCCUGGAGCAUAAGUUUAAGUAUGGUUAAGACAGCCUACAAAACUUGAUGAUGAAAUAGAGCAACGACUCUGCAGCUUGCUGUAAUGUGCAUUUUGUUGCUUGAUUGGCAACAGUCUUUCUUUUUCAGUUUGUCUAUCUGAGAAUGUGGCCUCCUCAAGGCCACUAAAAAUAGCAAUAAACUAAACCCAUAACCAGACCUUGGUGGCCAUAUUAUCUGUGUCUAUUUGAACAUAUUGAUGACUGAUGGUUUUCAACAAUGGUUAAACAGGAUUUUGCUGAAUUGCUUUUCAAAUGACCUGAUUGUGUCCCUGCUUCAAAAAGGUUUUCUUUACUGGCAGGCAUUUAGCUUACUGUAUAGAUCUAUUCAGGGAUGGUUUGAUUGUUAACCCUUUCUGCAUUGAUUUGUCCUGCAUUGUAAACCCCACAAAUACGUCCAGUAAAGCCUGUAUGGUGCUGGAAGAUUCAGAUCAGAUUGGUUGGCUCACACCAUCACUAUUUGUGGAUGCUCUGAAACAUACUUAAUAUCCAUUCAGUAGAAGUUUGGUAGUGAAGGGCCAGCUGUCUUUCAUGGAAAAAUACCUGCCACCACUGAUCUCCACAUUGUAAAAAUGCCCAAAAAGUUUGAAAUAAAGUCAACAGUUCUUGGAACACAGUUUGAAAACUACUGCUCUGGUAGAAACAGCAUAACCAUAUUUAUGCGAUUGGGUAUAAAUUAUGUUUCUAGAAUAACUGCACAGUUGUUUUAAGAAUGUUGAAAAGAACACACUUUGGGUAUUGCAUGACACAUGCAGUAAUACCAAGUGACACAAAAUGUGCAUGGUGGUUUUCUAGCCAUAAAGGGUUAAUCUGUGUAGACCCACUGAAGUUAAUGGAUCUAAAUUUACUCAUUCUCAUUAAUUUCAGUUGGUCUAAUCUGAGUAAGACUAGUAUUGGAUACAACCUGUAAUGAAUAUUUCUAUUCAAAUACAGUGGUACCUCGGGUUACAGACGCUUCAGAUUACAGACGCUUCAGGUUACGUACUCCGCUAACCCAGAAAUAGUACCUCAGGUUAAGAACUUUGCUUCAGGAUGAGAACAGAAAUCACACAGCGGCAGCAGGAGGCCCCAUUAGCUAAAGUGGUACCUCAGGGUUAAGAGCGGACCUCCAGAACUAAUUAAGUUCGUAACCCGAGGUACCAUUGAACAUCACAGGUCGUCUCAUCGCUUUGCAUUGACCACAUCAUUGCAGUUUUAGUAAUUCCAAGGGGCUACUGUUGUGUGCAAUAUCUUUCAUGUACAAUGGCUGCUUUUGCCAUGCUAAUGCAAACCCAUCAGAUUUCUUUUGGACUCUUACAUAUGCUCAUGAGAAGCUAACACUGCAACAGGCAUAUGGAGUGUGGUGGAUGUAACUUCCAAGAUGAGCCCUGAGAGGUGUAUGAAAAUGGCCAAUCACUGGUGCAUGCUAAAAAUGAAAAAGGAUGGCUUGUGAAUUUGAUUCAUUUAGAUUUCUUCAUUUUAUAGCCCAAAGCAGCUGCUGCUCCAGCUCCAUCCCCAACUACAACCCAGCAGUCAAAUGAUACCACCACUACUGUUAGUUCUUCUACGAUAGCUGCUGCAGCCCCCAAACCUACACCUGUUCCAGCUUCUGCGCCUACACCAGUUUCAGCACCUGCACCAGCUGCCCCGACACCAGCUGCAGUGGCUUGUGAACCUGUGCCUGUAAGUGCUCCUGUAGAAGAGAAACCAGCAGAUAAACCAGUAGAGACACCAGCUGCCACUAGCCCAACAUCUACAGACAGGUAUGAGCAGAUUAUUAGAAACCAGAGUCUUGUUUAUUAACACCACUUAUACUAAAUUUAGCACUAGGACUUCUUGGAGGGAAUCAAAAUUGCUGAAAAAAGAGAAAUAUUAAUUUUCAACCCUCCUACAUGCUUCCUUCCAAAAAUCCUGUUUUAUUUUUUAAAAAACCAAUGCUUCAGUAUAGAGCACCAAUGCAUUUUUAUCUUGUACAAGUCUUUUUACUAACUUCUGAAAAUGGUUAAUAUGCCAUGAAUAAUAAUAAUAAUAAUAAUAAUAAUAAUAAUAUUUAUACCCCGCCCAUCUGGCUGGGUUUCCAGUUGAGUUACUGUGUGAAGUUGCCAAUAUGGUGUUAACUUUGAGCUUUUAUAUAUGUUUGUUAAUAGAACUUAUACAACAGUAGCUUGCAAGUAUAAUUGCUCAAGGUGAUUCUGCAAUAAUUACAAUAUGGCAAUGUAGCUUUUCCACAGGAUUAACCAAAAGCAGUAGAUUUAGCCAUGUUCUAGUUUUAUUAAGUAUUUCACUAGAGUGCAAGUUGAUAGGUUGUUAAACAUUUCCAUUUCCUCCCCUGAAAAGUGAUUAAAUGAUGCACCAAAGGAAGCUACUUGGAAACUGGGCAUGAACAUCUGUUCAGUCAGUUUCAGCAAACAAUGAGUCAGUCUGAGAGUUGUUAAAAUUUGUGUGCAUUUGAAGCUUGACCCUUGGUCAGAAGUCAGUAGACUACAGCCACUGAAUGUGCCACUUGCAUUAUUUUGUACUUUACCCUCAUAUCCCUGGUUGAAUUUCUGUUGUGAGCAAUUAAGCCAAUACCUGUAAUGGUGGGUGCUAGUCUAUAUUUUUCAUAAUCCAGUUUGUAUCGCAAUGGAUUGCAACUACUGUGGGAAAGGAAGUUUGGACAAAUUCUACUAGCAGCAUUUUGUUUGGGUAAAAACAGAUGUAUAUAUUGCAGACAAACCAUUUUUGAUUAUUCAUAAGCAAAAUUAUAAUAUAAGCCCCUUGAACUCUAAGCCUUUUUAAAGGAAAUGAGUGGUUUUUGUUCUGUUACAGUACCACAGGUGAUACUUUGCGAUCCAAUCUCUUUGAGGAUGCUACAAGUGCACUUGGUAAGUAUUUUCUGAUAGUUGUUUGAGUGCCUCUUCUAUGAAAGACUCGCAAAAAGCACCGCUUGCACCCUACUUCAGACAUUAGUGUUGUAAUUCAAAAACUGUGACACUUUGAAAUGUCAGCGUUAGUGAAUAUUUUAACAUGGGAAGUGAGUUUAUCUGCAGAGAACAAGUUCCAUUCUUAUUAUACAACAAACUUUACUUGCACCUCCUGGCUUCACUAUCUUGCCUUUCUUAAAUCUGUGUAAAAAGCACAUGCUCCAAAUUAAUUGCAAGCUAUAUAAUUCAGCAGUCAAAGUCUACAGCUAUUAACGUUGGUAGUUUUACAAGAGGACAGAUUUCUGAGGGGGAGUUGGAGGGAGACAGUAUGUCCCCAGUAUUAACUACAUUGGACUUGUUUUUAACCAUAGGGACAAAGGCAUUUGUAAAACUUAAGGGGUAAAUACCAGUUGUUUGCUGCCAAGAUGACAACUCUAGAAAUGUAGAAUAAUAUGUAUCCAAUUUCAUUUUGAUGUGUUCAAUGGGGAAUUGCCGAAUUGAUCAAUUUUAUUUAUUAAUUAAGUUCUUACUUUGCUUAACCAAUUACUUACAGGGAAGUUCUAAUUGUAAGGUGGUGAGGGUUGCUAGGGUAGGGGAAUGGAUAGGAUCAGUAGGGGAUCUGAUGAUAGAGAGCUUAUUGUUGGUACUGAAAGCCACCCAGAGUGGUUGGGGCAACCCAGUCAGACGCGGAGGGUAUAAGUAAUACAUUAUUCUUAAUAAAUUAUUACUACUUUUCUAAAACUUUGUUAUCUAUGUUGUUCAGAAUACGAGGGCCUUGUAUUGAUAUCUGCUUUAUGUAUUGAAGAUUGCUGCAUAGAAUCCUGUUGUACUGUGGAUCCGCCUCCACCUCUCUCUCCCCACCCCUCUCUAACAGUAUUGGCUAAUAAUGCUCAAUUACAGUUGGUCACUUGAAUAGCUUUUGCAUUAAGCUUGACAUUUCAAAAGUAAAAAAACCCAAACUGAUCGGCAUCUGUCUAGGAAAAACACUUUCUAGCCUUGUACAUCAGAUGGCUUUCUUAAGCCAGAAGUUAUUAUAAUUAAUUGACUGCAGCAAGGAAUGGAUAUUUUUGACAGCUUCCCUCCAUCUUCUUUAAAUCUGCAUGUUUCUUUCAUCUUAAUGUUUGCUUCUCUGUUCUUCCUAGUAACAGGUCAGUCCUAUGAAAAUAUGGUGACUGAGAUCAUGUCGAUGGGCUAUGAGAGAGAGCAAGUAAUUGCUGCACUGAGAGCCAGCUUCAACAAUCCUGAUAGAGCAGUGGAGUAUCUUCUGAUGGUGAGCAUGUUCUCUUGAUAUUCAUAAUUUCUUGUUAUGCCUUCUACCACCGACUUUGGGUGUGGCACAGUCAUUAACAGAAAGAAAAACCAAAGGUUGGGAGGUGAAUAAAAACUGAAAAUAAAACGUUAUAGCUGACCUAUUAUCUUUCAUUCUGCUGUUAAAACAAAUGUAAUUUUCAACCAUAAUCCAAAUGAUUGCAGCAGUCCUCUUUACUGUUUUAAAAAAUGUGUAGCUUUUUUGAUCUGCAAGAAAGAAGGAUGCUUUGGAAAUGGCAAAUAUAUGAGAAAUGAGUUUGGAUCCAGAAAGAAGUGUGUGAAAAAAGUGUGUCUUUUAUGUUCAGGCAGAUCUGGCAAGCCAAUCUUGAUAUGGUCCAAUAAAACCAGUCCUCUGUCUCUGACCUUUAACGAAAGCAAGUUCCUUCACAGGGAUCUUCAUCUCCUUAGGGCAUGUACAGUUAAUGUGAGCUUCCUUUUUGCAACCAACAUUGGCAGGGCAGGGCAGUUUCUUACAUCUUCAGUGCUUUGUUCUCUUAGCAAUAGCCCAUACCUCAUAACAUCUCAGAGUUGGGAGUUCAGAGGGCAACAACUCUCUGCCAGUUCCAAUUAGGUUGCUCAUAUGUGCGAAUGUCCCUAGUCUUGUUCUCUGUUUAGAAGCAAUUGUAGGUCAAUCCCCACUGGUUAGGAUGGUAGUAGCACAGACGCGCAAGCAAUUGUUAUAACACAGAUGAAGAUUCUUCAACCUGUGAAAGAAAGAAAUAUAGCUGCUGCUCAAAUUAGUGAAUUAUAUGUAUGUGUGUGUGAUUGUAAUAUACAGUUUAAUAUAAAAUAUGUAUAAUAUAUAAAUAUUAAAAUAAUAUUGUAUAACAUAACUGCAAGUACUUGGCAAUUAUUUUUUAUGAUUUUUAUGUGAUUUUACACACUUUUAACAAAAAAAUUAAUAGGGCAAGUUUAAAAUUAUUGGAAAUUAUACAAAACAUUUAAAAUAUUCAAUAUUUCUUAUGCAAAACUAAAUUAUAUUAAUUUAACCCAAAUAUCUUUUGAAUUCCUAAGUCAUGUUACAGCUUUUUAACACCCCUCAUUUUUGGAAUUUGAAAAUUGAAAGAUUCAACACUCCCUGAUUGACCAUGCCAAUGGCAUUUGGAGUAAAAAAAAAAACCCCAAAGGGCUGCAGGUUCCCUAUCCUGAGAAUAUGUAAAGGUGACUUCUGAAACGUGGUGUGUUUCUUUUACUAUAAAGUGUACAAGUUGGCUAAAGAAGCCAUUGCCCAGUCCUGAACCAUCUAUUGCAAAAUCAUUUGUAAAGUUCCCUACCUGCAAUAUAUUGGUGACCUUGGCAUUGCAAAAUAUCUAAGUAUUUAGUACAUAAAAUGGUUGGACAAGGUUUCCUAAUCAUUUAUGGGAGACUACUUGUAAGCUGUCUGCUUUUACUAAUUCAGGUGUUUCAAUCUUAAGUUCACCACUGGUUAAGUAACGUUCAUACAUUUCAUCCCCUUUGUGUCAGUUCUAGAUAGUAAAAUGUAGAAUUAGCUGUGGUCAUGCCUCUUCGAGAACAGGCUUGCUAAGUUUUCAGUUAACUAUAAUGAAGUGCAAAGUACUUUCAUGGAGCGGGGAAAUGGAGGCACAAACUCUUUAGAAUGAAAAUGCUAAUUGUGUGAAUGAAUAAUACUGCAGAAGAUAUGCUUGCUAGUUGCUUCCAUUCUAGUUUGAGUGUUCAGCAACUCCAGCCCUUUUGUUCUCUUACGGGGGCAAAAAACUUCAGCUGGGAUCCCGGGUCUAUCAGACUUUCAGAUUUGUGUAUCAUAGGCAUUGUGUAUCGUUGCUGCAUCUUAAUUUCUGUACACAAUAAAACAUUUGUACAUUUAGCUUAGGUCUGCUGGCUGUUAUUUACCUGAACUUCUUUGGUAUGGUAUUGAUUAGCUUUGUGUUCCUACUUCGGUGAUUUUGGUCUUGGUUUGUCUUUGCACACUUUUCUGAAAAGGCUGGUGUGGCUUAAAAUGUGAAAAGCAAACCUCAGUUGCCAAAACAGUCCCUGCAAUAGCCAAGCUUCACACUGAUUGUUUCUGCAUGGCAGAAAGUUUUUAACAUAAAACAGGAAAGCUGCAAAUCCUUGCCUCUCCUGGGCCAUCCACCAACCUUUGGGACCUAGAUAGCUAUGCCAACCUGCCCUCCCACCUGUAUAAUUGACAAUUUGAUUGUGGAUGAGGUUGCCUGACCUGGCAUACAUCACAAAGACUUGGGUGGAUUAGCUGCUCAGGUCUGACCUCUUCCAGCUGUGCUCCAUCAGGUACUUAGUGCAGCACCAGCAUAGAUUGGAAGAAUUAGAGUGUGGCUGUCACUUACAUAACUUCAUAUUAAUCAGAAAAGCCUUUAUACUUGGGCUACAGUUUCAAGGGUUUGUACCUGACACCAGAUCAUAGUCAGAACAUGGUUCUUCUUGGUGUCCUCUUACUGCCCACCCAGCUGACUGAGGCAGUCUAGGGUUUGGUAUUGGAGAGCAUCAAUGUUCAGUCUGAGACUGCCUUAGUUAACCUCAGUUUCAAAAAUCUGUUGCCAUGAAGUGUGAGGCUUUGUGAGAAGAACAGGCCCAAAUCGCCCUUUGGUUCAGGGUAUUAAUUGAACAGUUCUUCAUAUCUUGGCCACAGGUUUUCCUUUAUUAAAACCAAGAUCCCUUUAGUUGGAAUUGGAUGUAGCAUUUGUCAUAUUUUUCAUUUUUUUUUUUUUAAAGCAAUUUAUUGGGUUUUACAAUAAAAAUAAACAUGUUAAACAAUAUGACCUUUGUCUUGACAUAAUUUCACAUUUUCUUUGGACUUCCUCACAUCUCCCGCUCCCACUUUCAUCGUUAUAACAUUUUGUCAGCAAUUUAUCAUCUUAUUUAAAUUCUUAUAUCGCUUCUAUAUUUCAUAAUCUUAUAAUUUUCAAAGGGAAUUAAAUUUUCACAGUCUUACUUAUUUUCAUAGAAUACUUCUAAAUUUAGUGGUGCUCAGUUAUUUUGGUCUAGCAUCUUAUUUAGCAUUCACUCAAAUUGCAAUAUUUUUGUAAAUAGUUCUUGAAUUUCUUCCAAUCCUCCUCAAUCCUUUCUUCUCCCAGGUCACGGAUUCUGCCGGUCAUUUCAGCCAGUUCCAUGUAGUCUAUCAGUUGCAUCUGCCAUUCUUCCAGUGUGGGUAGAUCUUGAGUUUUCCAAUGUUUUGCAAGAAGUAUCCUUGCUGCUGUUGUUGCAUACAUAAAAAUGUCUGAUCCUUCCUUGCCACCCCUUGGCCGACAAUACCCAAAAGGAAAGCCUCUGGUUUCUUAGUGAAGGUAUAUUUAAAUACCUUUUUCAAUUCGUUAUAAAUCAUCUCCCAGAACGCCUUCACUUUAGGGCAAGUCCACCAGAGGUGGAAGAACGUUCCCUCAGACUCUUUACAUUUCCAACACUUAUUAUCAGACAGGUGGUAAAUUUUUGCAAGUUUGACUGGGGUCAUAUACCAUCUAUAAAUCAUUUUCAUUACAUUUUCUUUCAGGGCGUUACAUGCAGUAAACUUCAAUCCAUUACUCCACAACCUUUCCCAGUCCUCAAACAUAAUAUUAUACCCAAUAUCCUGUGCCCACCUUAUCAUAGCCGAUUUAACCGUUUCAUCUUGUGUAUUCCAUUCCAGCAGCAAGUUAUACAUCCUUGAAAGUACCUUAAUCUUUGGUUCUAACAAUUCUGUUUCUAGUUUCGAUUUCUCCACCUGGAACCCUAAUUUCUUAUCAUUUUUAAAAACUUCUUUAAUCUGAGCGUAAUGUAACCAAUCUCGCACUUUAUCUUUCAUUUUCUCCAAACUCUGCAAUUUCCAAUUGUCUCCAUCCUUUUCUAAUAUUUCCCAAUAUUUUGGCCAUUUAGCCUCCAUAUUGGGUCUUUUUCGGGCCUUAGCUUCCAAAGGUGAAAGCCACCUUGGUGUUUUAUUUUCCAGCAAGUCUUUAUAUUUUGUCCAGACAUUAAACAGUGAUUUUCUGACAAUAUGGUUCUUGAAGGCCUUAUUUGCUUUAACUUUGUCAUACCAUAAAUAUGCAUGCCAUCCAAAAACAUUGUUAAACCCUUCCAGAUCUAACACAUCAGUGUCUUCAAGAAGUAGCCAGUCUUUUAGCCAGCAGAACGCUGCGGCUUCAUAAUACAACUUUAAGUCUGGCAGGGCAAAGCCCCUCUUUGUUUUGCAUCAGUUAAUAUCUUAAACUUAAUUCUGGGCUUUUGCCCUGCCAGACAAACUUAGAAAUGUCUCUCUGCCACUUCUGAAAGCACUCCAUUUUGUCCAAAACCUGAAGUGUCUGAAAUAAAAACAACAUCCUUGGCAAUACAUUCAUCUUAAUAGCAGCAAUUCGGCCUAACAAAGAAAGUUUCAAUUUUGACCAACUAUCUAAGUCUCUUUUAAUUUCUGUCCAGCAUUUUUCAUAAUUGUCCUUAAAUAGACUUAGAUUUUUGCUGUUAUGUUUACCCCUAGGUAUUUUACUUUUUUAACCACAUUGAGUUCCGUCUCAUUCUGAAACCGUUCUGACUCUGUAUCAGUCAAAUUUUUCCCCAAAACCUUAGUUUUCUGUUUAUUUAAUUUAAAUCCAGCCACCCGACCAAAAUCAUUAAUCAGUUGUAAUACUCUUUUCGUACUGGGCUCUGGCUUCUGCAGGGUCAAAACCAGGUCAUCUGCAAAAGCUUUUAGUUUAUAUUGUUUCUGACCGACCUGAAUUCCUUCCACCAACCGAUCCCCUCUAAUCAUGUUCAAUAGCACUUCCAGAACCGAAAUAAAUAACAAAGGGGAGAUAGGGCAACCUUGUCGUGUCCCUUUUUCAAUUUUGAACUCUUCUGUGACCACAUUAUUAACUAUCAGUUUAGCUUUCUGUUCUGAAUAUAUCGCCUCAAUCCCAUUCUCAAAACCCCGUCCCACUCCCAUCUCUUUUAAAUUUCCCAUCAUAAAUUUCCAGGAGAUAUUGUCAAAGGCCUUCUCCGCAUCUAUGAAAAUUAAAACUGCUUUUGUAUUUAUAUCUGUUUGCAGAAGUUCCAAAAUGUCAAUAAUGUUCCUUGUAUUGGCAAACAGAUGUCUACCUGGGAGAAAACCGGCCUGGUCCUUAUGAAUUACUUCAUUUAAAACUUUUUUAAAUCUACUUGCCAAAAUAUCUGCAAAUAUUUUGUAAUCCACAUUUAAAAGGGAGAUGGGGCGGUAGUUCUUAAGUUGUGUCUUUUCAGCUUCCGACUUUGGUAUUAAUGUGAUAAACGCUUCCUUCCACGAAUCCGGUGCCCUCUUCCCCUCCAUAAUUUCAUUGCUGACCUCCAUCAAAGGUUGUAUCAAAUAGUCUUUUAAUGUCUUAUAAUACUUGGAGGUCAGCCCAUCUGGCCCUGGAGAUUUGCCAAGUUGCAUGUUCUGAAUGGCUUGUUCAAUCUCCUGUCGUGUUAUUUUAGAAUUCAGAAUUGUCCUAUUUUCUUGUGACAAUUUAGAUAGUCCAUUUUUGCCAAAAAUUGUUUAAUCUCCACUUCGUCUUGCGGCCCUUGGGUGUAUAAUUUUUGAAAUAUCUCUGGAAACACUUUCUAAUAUCCACUGGAUUCUGAAUAUUUUUUCCAUCAACCUCUAAGUUUGUAACCGUGUUUAAUCUUUGUCUUCUCUUCAACUGCCAAGCUAGCAGUUUUCCACAUUUAUUCGCCGACUCAAACGUUUUUGUUUCAUUAAUUUAACCUUCCAUUCAAUUUCCUGAUUUAUCAAUUUAGAAUAUUGUGUUUGAUAAAGCUUAAUUUCUCUCAGAGUUGGCUGUGACUUUGGAUUCACUCUUAAUUUCUUCUCUAAUUCUUUUAUUUUGUCCAAGAUCUUAUCUUUUUCUCAUUUUGUGUUCUUUUCUUUACUACAUUCUGUUGUAUCAAGAAUCCCCUCAUUACAGCUUUGCUUGCGUCCCAGACGAUUCUUUUUUCGUUCAUCUUUAAAUAAGAAUUUAGGUGACAGGCUCUCUUUUGCAUAUAUCACCACGCCUCUCUUCUUAACUUUGUCCGACGAAACAAAUUCCUGGCCCAAUCUUUUAUUUAUUAACACUUUUCUGUGGAGCCUCAUCACAUGUGUUUCUUGUAAACAGAUAAUGUCCAAUUGUUCUUUUUUUAAUAUAUGAAAUAUUUUCUUCCUUUUUCCGGAAUGUUACAACCAUUAAUGUUCCAACUCAGCAAUUGCAGAGACAUCCUGGAUCUAUCUGGUUAUUUCUCCAGGGGUGGUAUCUUCUCUGGAUCUUCAGGUUCCCAGGUGCUGGUGUUAAUGCUGGCUUUGCCCCAGGCCCAGAAGGUAAUUCAAUUCCUUUUGAAGGUCAUCUCAGUAUGUAGCCAACAAUUUGUAACUCUCUUCCAAUGUUCUAACUUUGACCUUUCUCCCUUUAAAGGUAAAAGAUAUUCCUUGGGGGAAUUCCCACCUGAAUGGAAUUGCGUUGCUCCUUAGUAGUUUAGCAAGUUCAGAAUAGGCGGCUCUAAGAUCCAGCAGUUGUCUUGGAAUAUCUUUAUAAAUUUCAAUUCUUCUGUCCAAAACCUCCAGUGACUUUCCGUAAUGUAGGCCCAAAAUCUUAUCCCUUUCCUCCUUUGAUCUCAAUGUAAUCAAACAGUCUCUGGGCCUCUCCUUCUUUGUGAAUCUUCCAAGUCUGAAAGCCGACACAAUUUUAAAAUCCUUUUCUUCCAAAUUCCAGAACUUGGAAAAUUCUUUAGUCAAAAACUCAGUUAAAUUUCCUUCUUCUGCCUCUUGUAAUGAUCUAAUCCUCAAAUUAUUCUCACGAUUUCGCAGUUCUAUCAUGGAAAGAUAAGUCUGGUGUUCCCCAACUUGUUUAGUGAGUGGUCUUACCUCUUGCUCUAAAUUUUCCAAUUUUUGUCUAGUAUCCUCAGCCAAUUUCCGAUUUUCUGCUGAGGCCUCCGUUAACUGUCCAAUUGCUUGUGUAUUCUGUACCACUUGUAUGGUUAAUUUAUUUAGACAUUCUGUAUUUUUGUCAAUCUUUGCUGAUUGCGCAUCUACUUUCUUGUCCAAAGCUUCCAAUUUUUCAAAGAUUUUGUCUAGAACAGAAACAGAUGCUCCUGAGGCCAUAUCUUCCAAUUGUAACUGCUCUGCUUCACCCUCUCCCUCUUUUGCCUGUGGCAAGGCGACUUCUUCAAAUUCUACUUCUGAGGGCAAAGUAGGUACAGAUGAUCUACGUGUCUGCGAGGCUGAGGUUAGAGUUGUUAAAGUUGUUUGUCUAACUCUCCCUCUUUUCCUUGUGCCACUCAUUCCAACGUUGUCUAUCAGUCAAGGUCACACUGAGUUUUUCCCAUGGGAAUAGAAAGGCCCAGAGCAAGCAAACAACAAGGGAAUCGAAAGUAAAUGUAGAUGUAAAGUCACUGUUUUAAUCCAAUCCUCUAGAGGGAGCUUAAAAUGUCUUUCAGAGUCUAAUUUAAUGUCCAAGAACCUUCAGAUAUAAAUAUUUAGCAGAGUUUAUAAGUAGUCACUUUGUUACAGACAGUGCUUAUUUAUCUCCAAAAAGAAUGUUUCAAAUUUAAAAAGUCUCAAUACCCUCAGAUUGUUGCAAGUUCCAAUAUACAGUAUCCAAAUCUGCAAUACUGACAGCUCAAUCUCUCAAUGCUCAGGCAGCUCCUGACUCUGGGUUUCACCUUCUAAUUUGUAAUCCAAUAAAAGGAGGAAAGUCAAGUGCAAGUUAAAAUUCCGAAUCUUUAGCUUAAAGUCUUUACUUUAAAUUGCAAGUUCAGUAGAUGCUUAGAUCUGUAAAGUUUAAAAUCUCUUCCUUUCAGCCUCCACUCCUCCAACUUAGUUGCUUUUUUCAAGUUCAAUGGCUGCGGAAGACGGACUUCCUGUUUCCACGUCUCUCCGCUUUCAGCCAAGUUCAAGCCAAUUUAAGGUUUUUCAUUUAAAGUCUCUAAUUUCAAGUGAUUCAGUCUUUACUCACGAGUAAGUUGCUUUUCGUCCGAAUCCGUAUUUUAACAGGAAAAAGGAUCAGCGCUCACCGGCAGCAGCAGCGCGGCUUCACUCCGCAGACUGUGAAGCAGCUCUCAGCGCCGCAACCCCCCUCCACGCUCCGGAGCCCCUUACGAGGUUCCUUUCACGUUUGGAGGGUCACUUAAGGCGCCCACCGAGCCUCAAGACCCCAAGCUCUUGCUGCCUGGGGUUUUCCGGAGUGGGUCUCCGCUUCGCCGUAGCGGACGACCCGUUGUCUGCGGAGCCUCCUCUCCCGUUCAGAAGAGGACCGCCAUUGCCGUUCGCGCCGCCCCUCGGAAGUCCAAGGAACUGAAGUUGCAUUUGUCAUAUUUUUCAAAGCCCCAAGAUUCUGGAAGCAAGUCCUCUGACCUUCAUUUGAAGCUCUCUGCAUGCAGAUCUGCUUGUUGUUUUAAAAUACGGCCUGUCUCAAAUGGUGCAAGAAGUUGGAGGUAGAGGGGGGACAGUUUCAGAGAAGUGGAAUUUUAUCCAGCACUUGAUUUGGACUCGUAUGUCGCCUUGUAUGUCACCUAUUACAGCGAAUGCUGAUGAUCUUUGACAAACAUUGAGUGUCUGACAACUUGGGAAUAUACUGGUGAUAGUUUACAGUCGUCUAAAUGUGACUCCAUUAAUUCACUUUUGUAUUUCCAAGAAGUGGCCAAAUAUAUGUCCUAUUUUAAGCCACUAACAAAAAACACUAUGCCAGUUUGGAAGGCUUGUUAAUUCUGAUUUCUUUUAACAUGGCUGUGCUCAUUUUAGGGUAUCCCAGGAGACAGAGAGAGUCAAGGAAUGGCUGACCCCCCUCAAGCAGCCAGCACGGUUGCUUCUCCAUCUUCAGCAACAGCAGCAGCAGUAGCAGCAGCUGCAGCAGCAACUACCACAACCACAACUACUACUAGUUCUACAGGAGGUAAGGUUUCCAUACUCGAAAAGUUCUGCACAAAUCCAUUGGAUGGUUCAAUUUGGAUAACGUGGUUGUGUGCACAUUCCUUCCCUGUGACUGCUUCCCUUAAGACCUGAAACUUUCUGACUUGUGUUUUUUCCAUAGUACAUGUCUGUUAGGAGCAACUAACUGCCCUUGGUAGUUUCUGUUGCAGUCUGUCUUGGAAAUCAGUUCUAUGCAGACUGAUUAAUAAAUCUUUUUUCACUUGGUAAUAACUGGUAAAAUACAACUGACUACCAACAUGUAUCUGAAACGUUGAAUUUUUUGGGCGUGGGUAAAGCAAAUACUUGAUGCCAUUUAGAAUGAGCUAAAAUGAACUUAUUACUGCAGAGGUUCAGCCAUUAUUAAUACAUUGCUUUGCAGGCUUUCAAUGUAGGUUGAAAAUUUCGCACUUGAAAAUUGGGUGCCUCCUCGCUCCUAAAACUAUUCCAGCAGUGGGUGUGCUGCUGCUUUCUUGGAUUUGUGAUUUUGAGGUUAAAAUAAGGCUUAAGUAACUUAGCCAUCUCAUAAAAAUGACUUACUAAUUUUUGUAGCGAAAAGGUAGCGAUAAAUAGAAAUAAAUGCUUAUAUUAUGGGAGAUUCAGGUAGGCAGGAAAAAAAUGAAUAAUAUAUGUGAUAGCAAAAACUUGAUUUGUCACUUGCUCACUUUUCAGCCUCUCUAAAACAAAUAUCAAUUACCGGUACUUAGAAUAUACAUUUUAUGCUCUUGAGUGAGCUUUAUAGUGGUUUUUCUACAUCACAACAAAGUAUUAAAAGUUUUGAUAAAAUUCAUUGCUCUACUUUGGAUUUUGUAGUGCCUGAUGCCUGACCGUUGGUCUGAUUUUUGUUUAUAAGUCAAUUUUUAAAAAAAACAAAACAAAACGCCCUUGUACACCAGACAGUAAGCAUGGUGUUCACAAGAAAAAUUAGCAAUUUGCUCUGUCAUGCACCUCAGGCAAGAAACUGAGGAAUUAUUUUAAUCUCUUUCUUGUCACUUUGAGUAAGACAGUUCUAAGCCUUGGGAGUUAAAGACAUGUCAACCCUAUAUGAUUCAGGGCAUCAUACCUGUUGAAAAAGGCUUUUGGGAGGGAGGACAACUCCCCCCAUGAUAUUCCAUGGUAAAAUAUUUAAUAAAUAUUUAUUUUAUAUGCAUGUGUAGAUAUAUAAAAAAAUCUACCCACACCUUUUUCCUUUUCAGGACACCCACUUGAAUUUUUACGAAACCAGCCUCAGUUCCAGCAGAUGAGGCAAAUUAUUCAGCAGAAUCCAUCUCUUCUGCCUGCAUUGCUACAGCAAAUAGGGCGGGAAAAUCCUCAAUUAUUGCAGGUGACUUUUAAAACAUUUUGGGUUGUCUCUGUGUUUUCAGGUGGUUUAUUUAUAUGCAUGGGGAGAGGGAGGCAGUAAAGUUAAUGAGGCACAUUAACUUCAGUUAACUUUUUUAAAUUUAAAGCAUGUAUAAAUAUAUCAUCGUAAGGCACUCCUAAUUAUUACUUGUCGGCAUUUUUAUUGCAUUAUUAGUACAAACAGAAGUGGUUGUGCUUAAGGCUAUUGGUAGGAAUGAAUAUGCUUUAUUUCAGUGUAUUGUUUGCUUUUGUCCUCCCAUGCACCACAGCAAAUAAGCCAACACCAAGAACAUUUUAUUCAGAUGUUAAAUGAACCUGUUCAGGAGUCUGGUCAAGGGGGCGGUGGCAGCGGUGGCGGAGGAGGAAGCGUAGCUGAAGCUGGAAGCCGUCACAUGAAUUACAUUCAAGUAACACCUCAGGAAAAAGAAGCUAUAGAAAGAGUGAGUGCAGCAUUUUUGUCUCUCUGUUCUUGAAGUAGAGAAUAGCUUCCCAUUCUCUGUUACCAUAUCUUCUAUUUCCAAAGUUGAGAGCAGGAGUAUAUAGCCAAAGUGGCGUCAUUUUGUGCACUUAUCUAAUAGUGUGGUUAUCUAGUUCUGGUAGAAGAUCCUGGUAGCGUACAUCAAGCCAGCAUGGUCUUCCUGUUGGUUGAAAAAGAAGACCACUGGUGGUAUUUAGUAUACAGGUGGAUGUGUCUUAAGGGCUAGUCCAGAGCUUUCCAAACUGUGUGUCGUGACACAUUAGUGUGUCAGCAGCAGUGUGUAGGUGUGUCGCGAACACUCUCCACACUCUUCUGGGGCUAGAAAGGGGUUAGUUUAACCUCCAGUUUGCUAGUAAAACUGAAAUACUGCAUUGCAAAGUGGUGCAUAUCUAAAAAGUGUGCCACCAACAUGAAAAGCUUGGAAAGCUCUGUGCUAGUCUUUUAUUGGUAACUGCAUCUCACCAGGGUCAGUGAGUUGCAGGUUGAAGCUUACAUGUAGUCAUUCCCAGCUGCUUCUGCUCACCUGACAUUGCUGUGAAGCGGCCAGAACAUGCAGUUGACUCACAUUGAAGCAACAGGGAAUGGAUGCAGACUGUUCCUGAAGAUGUAGCAUCUUGCAAGUAGAACUCUGGACAAUGCAGUUAUGGAUACAGCAGUUAUGGAAAGUAGUGACCUUGGUUGGAACUGUGCCUGAUCGAAAGUCCCUAAGGUGGAAAAGGAGUCUUCCUUGACUGGGCAGAUGUUCCUAAUGAGAGUGAUAACGUUUGCCUGUGGCUGGUCUGGGUCUGUUCGGCUAGCAUUGAUUGAUGAUUGAUGCCCCAGGCCAGCAGUUGCAUUUCUCCUACUUAAAAGGGAGGCUGCCAACUUACCAUAUGGCAUCAUCCUGGAUUUUAUUCCUGAGGUCUUGUUGAACUUCAAGGCAUUUAUUUUCUCCCUGUCCCGGAUGGCGAAGUGGUAGUAACCUCACUGACAUAUCUCAGACAGCCUGGUGAAAAUAGCAUCUUUCCUAAACUCUUGCCUGAGUCCAGUACUGAUGUCAUGAAAUCCAUAAAAAUCUAUGAAAACUGCAACUUCCUCACCUGAUCUGAAUUCUGCUCUUCUUACUCUUGGAUGCUGUCAGUGAAGAGCUGAGGGGUGCCAUGGAUUUCACAUCCUGUACUUCCAUAUUAAAAGACAAUGGCAGACCAUCCAGAGUCUUCACUACUGAUCGAUCCAUCCUUUACCCUGUCAGUUGUGCCUCAAAAUUGAGAGGCCAGGAAGCAAGAUCUCAGGAACUUUAUUGUGGGUCUGUCAAGCCUGCCUCUAAAAAGCAUUUGUACAGCAUGUAUGUACAAAGACCAUGUUGGCAAAACCAAGUUGGUUAUUGUUCUUUGGCCGGGGGGGGGGGGGUUGUGAAAGCAUCUGACUUUAUGGCAGCAUGUGGAUUGCAAAUUGGGUGUUUGUACAGAAGGUACUAAUUAACUUGUAGUCAUGAGGUGCAAAUUGCAGGCAGUCGUUUCUUAUGGGCAGUAUUGAUUAGUGAUUGAAAGGUCACAGAGGUUUUUUCCUCCUCCAGGGCUGUAUUGCUGUGCUAUAAGGAGUUUGAACUUGUUAACCUUUCUGGUUUUACAUUGCUUAAUUUACCUAUGUGAACAUUUUUCUUUUAUUUAUUUCAAGAAUUGCUGUGUAUCCCUAUUUUAGUAAUAAUAGUGAUAGUAGUAACUGAAGCUGCCUGCUUUUUGUGGGAGGAGUGGGAAAGGGAAGGGGACCUGUUGCUAGGUAGAGUAGGAGCAAGUUAUUUGGACAAAGUGCCAGCAAAUGGCAGCAGAAUUAUCUACCUGGAAUUUAUGCUCAACAAGGAAGCUUGUGCCUGAAAUGUGAAUUCUAAUAUCUUUUUCCAUCCUACAGUUAAAGGCGCUAGGAUUUCCUGAAGGACUUGUGAUACAAGCGUAUUUUGCAUGUGAGAAGAAUGAAAACUUGGCAGCCAACUUCCUUCUACAACAGAACUUUGAUGAAGAUUGAAAGGGAGAGACUUUUAAAAUCUCACACAUCACACCAGUGCAUUACACUUACUGUUCACUGGAUUGUCUGGGAUACUUGGGCUCAUAUCCAUGAUACUUUGUGUAAGGUUGGGGGGAGGGAGAGAAAAUAUUGAAAGGACACAAGGAAAGACAAGCACAUCUGCUCUAAAUUGGCAGGUGUAGCAGAUCAAAGUGUAAAAUACUAUACAACCAAAAACCAGCUUUUUUGCAGAUACUUAGUUCCUUUCUUCUAUAAAUUGUAAGUUCAUGCCCCCUCCCCCAGGUUUUCACUCUUUUAGUGUACUAGCUCCCAAAAUUAGUGUGGUGCCCUGCUUUAUUUCUUUUUAAUUAACAUUGGUCUUGGAGAUAGCAAAGGCUACCUAGAAUCAACAGUCUGUAUUUCAUGAUAACACUGGAUAACGGCUUCAUAAAUUUAAGGAAAAAAUAUAUUUGAAUAAACGUUAAAAUAUGCCAAAAAUGUAGGUGGUGGGUUUUUUUGCUGCUUCAGAUGUAUCUAAUUACUGCAAGAGGCCCCUAAUUUCACAUGAAGUGCUGGAUUAAAAAUUCAAAUUAAACCACUCAUUGUUUUAGAUUAUUGAUCACUGAUUUUUGAGGUAUGUUCUUUUGCCUGCCCCCUUCCUUUCAUAAUAAAUGGAGAGGCUAUAUACACAAAGCUAAACUUAGACCUUUUUUCUUUUGGGCAGAUACUACAAGUUAACUGAAUUACUGCUUACUUCAAUGUUGGGUUACAGUAAAGUUUGGUUUUUUAAAAAACGAACAACCAUUGCAUGUUUUGGGUUUGAUGUAUCCCUUUUUGUGAAUUGAGCACUUUUUUAUUGCCAAUGAAGAAAAUGUAAACUCUCCAUCCUUGUGAAAGUAUUUAUGAAGAAAUCAGAUUCCAUCCUACCUAUAUUUUGUUCAAAGUGAAAUUGAUCAAUGAAUACAGCUGCAAGUAUUUCAAAACUAGGUGUCUUAAAUGCUUGUAAUCUUAUAGUUUCAAUCUCUGGGACUCUAAAGGCUAUUGUCAUUGUAUUGCUUUAAAAAGGACUGUAAUGUUCCAGUAACUUGCCUUCUCUUCUGUUUUAAAAGCAUUGUGAAAAUAUUUUGCUCUUGAAGAGAUGUUCAGAACAUGGGAAAAUAGAUGAACAAUCAAGUUAUUGGAUCUCUAAAGAUUAUGCACACACACCCUUUACUUCCUAUUAAAAGUAACAUCUAAUUGUAUGAUUUUGAGUGUUUUUCUUACUGACAAAGAGAUACUUUCUAUAUGUUUGAUUAUCCUGAAGUGGUUCUGUAUAGUCGUCCCCCCCCCCCCGAAUCACUGCUUGAAAAUACAGUGGUACCUCGGGUUACAUACGUUUCAGGUUACAGACUCCGCUAACCCAGAAAUAGUACCUCGGGUUAAGAACUUUGCUUCAGGAUCAGAACAGAAAUCGUGCUCCGGCAGCACGGCAGCAGCAGGAGGCCCCACUAGCUAAAGUGGUGCUUCAGGUUAAGAACAGUUUCAGGUUAAGAACGGACCUCCGGAACGAAUUAAGUACCGUAUUUUUUGCUCUAUAAGACUCACUUUUUCCCUCCUAAAAAGUAAGGGGAAAUGUGUGUGCAUUUCUUAUGGAGUGAAUGCAGGCUGCGCAGCUAUCCCAGAAGCCAGAACAGCAAGCGGGAUUGCUGCUUUCACUGCGCAACGAUCCCUCUUGUUGUUCUGGCUUCUGAGAUUCAGAAUAUUUUUUUCCUUGUUUUCCUCCUCCAAAAACUAGGUGUGUCUUAUGGUCUGGUGCGUCUUAUAGAGCGAAAAAUACGGUACUUAACCCGAGGUACCACUGUAUUGAUUAUGUCAAUAAGGAUCAGUCCCUGGGCCAAAUCAGGAUGCCUGGUUCCUCAGUUCUAAAAUCAGAUGCAGUGGACCCUCUUGUUAUGAAUUUAAUUCGUUUCGGGGGUCUGUACACACCCUGAAAAAUCCGUAACUAGAGGCAUCGCUUCUACGCAUACGCUCAGCGCAUCUGUGCAUGCGUGUGACACGCAGAGCGCUUUGCACAUGCACGAGUGGCAAAACCCGGAAGAAUACACUUCUGUGUUUGCCACUUUCGCAACCUGAAAAUUGCGUAUCCAGAGCAGUAUGUAACCCAAGGGUCCACUGUCUAUAGAAAAGAGUGGCAGGCAUUACAUUAGGGUGGUCAUGUACACAUAUUAGGGCUUAUUUCAAUGUGAAGUAAGUGCAUGGAACGCCAUGAGUUGGAUUUUUCAAAAGCAUGCUUUCUGCCACAUUUAUGCUGCAUAACUUGAGCCUAAUUUACAAGCAGUAGACAUGCUCAAGCUCUGGACUGUACCACUUCAGAUUGCGGAUAGAAAAUUGUUUUUGAAAGCUCUGCAAAAAUGCAUUUGGCUUUAUUUUUAAAGCUUGUUAUAUCAAAUAACACAAUGUUACUUCUGUAGCAGUUUCUCUUAAGGGAAUAAAAAAAACCCCUGAUAUCUUCAUGCUCU